CUACAAUGCCCAUCCAGAGUCGAUCAAGGCCAUAUCCGUCUGUUUCUUUCCGCUUCAACUCUCAGCUUCCCAAUGCUCUCAAAUGUGACCCUGCGUCUUUGACCUCUACUUCAUCUUCUGUCCUCGCCUCUUCCUUUCACUCUUCCUCCUUCCCUUCACAUCCCACCUGCCCACUGAAUCGACUAGAAAACUGUCGUUGUUGACGUACACUCUCUUCAACUCUUCUGACUCGUGACUAUACCUCGGCGCAUACUCUAUUCCUACUUCUACAUCUCUCCCGGCGUUGCUCUUUCUGACCCGCGCCUUGUUUACACGGUCCGCACCACCGCAGCCAUGUCUUCCGUCCCGCUUCUCGAUCAGAUUCAGCUCCCCACCCCCUCCGACACACCCAGAGCCAUGGAACAAGACGACCCUUCUCCAAAUACCUAUGUCAAUCACUCUACUACCUGGACGCCCGUCGAUGGUAUGACGCCUAUAUCUACAAACCCUUCCAGAAAGCGGUCGCGUGAUGAUACAGCCGCUGAUCAUGAAGCGGACGGCUCCUACUUCGCUUCGGUGGAACAGCCUGAGCCUAUCCCUGAAGAGGAAGAGCCUAUUUACGGCGAGGGCAUGGUCUUGCUCAAUCCAAAGACCGGCGUGUCGAUCUCGGCUGAGAGCCAGACUGGAACUUGGUACGAGGAAAAGGUGGAUAGAAAACAGUUGGAAGAGGAGGUCGCUGCGGCAAAUUUCAGACCUAAGAUGCCUACGAGCCGGAAGUCUGUCAGACUAUCUCAGACGUCCCUCCGUCUACCGGCUGAUGCCUCUGUCGCUUCAGCUCCGGCUAGCCCACCAAAGACGGCUGUCGAUCGACCGCAAUUCGAUGAGGCUACAUUGGCACUCGGCAUUGGCUGGACCACAAUAGCUUCAGAAGACGAGGCUAUUCAGGCCGCGGCAAGAGGCUGGGCAAAAUACUUGGAGAAUCAUUAUGCAAGAUACAUCCAUGGUGCUCAAAUCCUGCUGAAAAGCUCUGGACUCAAUGCCUAUCUUGUGGGCUGCCAGGAGGGCUUCUUCCUUUUCAGCGAAGACUUGCUUGAAGGCAAGCUUGUUGGACGUUCUUGGGAAACCUGUUUGCAAAACCUUCGAUCACAGCCGAUCGUCUUCGAGGGUGAAGAGGUGCUCCGAGCAGAAAGAACUCCAGGUCCAGAAGCUGCCCUGAGCCAAGUGCCCCAACGGUCUAUCAUGGAGAAUUGGGCCGAUUUCAAUCGCCUGAACAGCCCUCAACCAAUCACUGCGACUGGGAACGGGAUGGAAUUGGAUUGAAAUGUCGCGCCGGUUACACCCCGUUUCGCGAGUUGUGUGGCGACUUCCGCAUCAUGCUAGCAAUGAACGGAGGUCGUUGCGCUCAAACAACAACAACUCCAAGCCUUCACCGGGUUCUGACCACUGCUGACGGUCGGUGCGUAUCCGAUUCUAUCCAGAAUAUCCUGACACAUCGACCUUCGGUCCACCCAUUCCGGCCAGGGAAUAGGCUACCUGCACUCUUGUGCUGAAUCUUCGUGCCGGUAAUAUCCUCGCCUCUGGUGGCUUGAGAUACGAUCUGGAAACCUUGAGGCUGGGAACUCCUAACGUCAUGCACGACGUUGACGAUAAACAAAAUCAUGUUUGUAACAUAAUUUCUGAUGACUAUUCAAGAGGCUAGCCAGAACAUUUCCGGCCUCACGAGAGACACCCCCAGCGAAACUGGGUUCUCAUAUUCUGCAAAAUAACAAUGACUAUCCAAGAACGUGCUCAAGUUCAAAUGAUUUCAUUUUUGCAGUCCCUGUCGGCGAUGUCUUCCCGAAAACAUCACCCGAUGCAGCGUCAUCAAUCCAGACCCAGUUCAACAUCUCUCUCUCGAUGUUUCCUCCGAACGCCGAAGGGCUAUCAGUUACCUCACCCAUCUUUGCGAAAGCUUGGUGGUCCUUCUGCACAGAGGCACUUCUGUCCCAGCCCCCAGCUCCUUUCCGCGACUUCCAUUGAUUUUCCCACCUAAUAGCCUCAGAUUCAUGAAGCUUAGCCAAAGUGACUCUCAAUCUCUUCGGUCUAACCGCACCCAGUGUAUCAAUGUCCCCUUCGAUGUGCUGGACAAUUUCAGCACUGACGUACUGGCCGAUUGCUUUUGCAAAUUCGACUGCUUGAGGAGAAGAGAGGAAGGCGAUAUGUUCGUCGGCUGUGCGCCAGCCACCCACGAGAUAAUAGAUUGUCGCAUCUGAGGUCGAGCGGUACAACUGGAACGGCGUACCUGCUUUUGUUGUCAUGAUCUCGAGGACACUUCGCCAAAGUUCAUUGAACGAUGAUGUCGACGUUUGGGUUUGGAUGGAAGGGCGCAAGCGCACUUUGGCGAGCUCGAUUAGGGGCAUGUCGAAGACAAAGGGCUCAGCUGUCUACCAUUUGCUGGGACGAUAGCGAAGAGGGUUCACUUAUGGUUGGGAAUGCUUCAACGGUUUUCGAGAAGGACCUCUGGGCUUUUAUGUGACAUGGCUCUACUGUUUAAUCCUUUAGUCUCGCCCCAGGAAAAGCGCUGACGCUGAUUUUUGUUCUCACAUUCCCCAAGACAUGGAUGAACAGUGAGAAUUAAGCGAAGCGACCAUCAUGAAAUUGGCAAGGAAGACAAUGGCAUAAAUCCUACAUAUGACCACGAAGUACAUGAGCGAGCAUGAUCAGCAUUGCAGACACCUGGGACAGCCUAGCACCGCGAUUCUCUGUAUCGGUCGGCCAUAGAAACCCGAGGCGAUGAUAGGUGGAAGUAGAAAGAGGUGCGAUUCUUACUGUAGAGGAUUCGCUCACCAUGCUGACGUGGGAAAUUCAGCACGCCUUUCUGCGAGGGGACCAGGAAUCUCAGAAUUUAAUUUUGUCUGACGAAUCCAGUUCCAACCAUGUACAUACUGGCUUGAGUGCAAAUUGGUAUUUUGAAAUGUCUGACGACGAUAUUUGAUGUCACACUUCGCAAUGAUGCACAAUUGAGCUCUUAGAAAGUUACGAAAACAACAAGAACACAAUCGAAGUCGUCGCAUACUGCAUUUCUGGCCAUCCCACAAUAAAGCACCGAU